CACAGUUAGUUCACGCAGUUGAAGUUGAAGUGUGCCAUGGCUCGGCUCUACCACCUCACCCUCCUCUCCGUCUUCUUCUUCCUGCUCCUCACCGGCCUCGUGGCUGCCGAUCCGUCUGGAGGGAAGAAGGUCGGGAAGAAGGUGAUCAUGACGGUGCGGUACCCGGCUGCCGACUCGGGGGAGAAGAUCACAAUCUCGACGCACCUCAUCGGCGAGGGCGGGGUCGGCGACAGCCACUUCCAUCUCGACGGCGACGACUACGAACCCAUCAUUUUCGCCACGAAAAACCUUGUCUCGGCCCUGGAGAAGGUUGGAGAUCCGCAGGCCUCUCUAUCCGAGCUGUAGAAGCACGUGACGUGAGUGAGCUUUCACGGUGCUCACUGCAUGCCCAGUGGUGGUUGCAUGCUCAGUGGUGGUUGCAUGCCUAGUCAGUGGAGAUUGGUGAUGGAGCUCCUUUUUACUUUCGUCUCAGCGAGAAUACAUUAGGCGUUUUUUUUAUUUUGUUGGUGUGCCCAUUCGGGGAGGAUAUCCGGUGGCCUAUUUAGGCUG